AUGGAUCAAACUGAUUUACCAAAAACAGAAGAAGAAUGGAAACUAAAACUUGAUCCUGAACAGUUUAGGAUUCUUAGACUCAAAGGUACAGAGAUGGCUGGCAGUGGAACUUAUGAUCAACAUAUGCCUACUAAAGGCAUAUAUGAAUGCGUUGGUUGUUCAGCUCCUCUAUAUCGAUUUGAUCAUAAGUUUAAGAGUGGAUGCGGUUGGCCAGCUUUCUUUGAUGCUUUUCCUGGAGCAGUCAAUCGUCAAGAAGACCGAAUGUUUGGGAUGGUAAGAACUGAGAUCACUUGUGCAAGAUGUGGUGGUCAUCUUGGACAUGUCUUUAAGGGUGAAAGGUACCCUACUCCUACAGAUGAACGUCAUUGCGUCAACUCGGUCAGUAUAAAGUUCAAUGAUCAAGUGUCUGCAGAAGAGAUCAGUAAAGAUAAGAAACCUUAA